AUGUCCUUUGAAGAAUACAAAUGUUUUGUCCAUUAUCUCGACAUGUUGUUUCUGCCCAAUGAAGACGCGUGGAGUGAAAGCACGGUACUUUGCCGAAUAAAGUGCUUCCCGCUUGGCGCUACAAGCCGGGACUAUGGCUCUGCUCGAGCCUGCGAGGCUGAAGUAGUCGUGUGA